AUGUCUUUUUACGUCGGUUCGGAUCAGAUCAUUGAGCAUGGAAAGCCUUUCGGCCAGCAUCAUCGUGCGACGGUCUUCAAUGGUAGCCCUGAUUAUGCGGAGAUCAUCUCUAUAGAAGUUUCUGGACGAAACAUCAAGAGAGUAGAAAAUACUCACGAAGAACGAGGCAAAGUUCUGAUGAUGGGCACGUUUCUGAUCUCACCUGAUAGAAUAGACGCUGACGGUGUUUUAGUGUCUGCAUCCCCUGGCGUGCGAGACCAGUUAAAGAAACUAGCACACAGGCAUCUUGAACAAAAGAUUACUAGUCGGUUCUCCACAGAGAUAUAG